GUUUGCCAGAGGGAGACCAGCCGAGGGAAAAUGUCAUUUUUUCCUGGGCCAAAAAAGUCGCUACUGCAAAUUUCCGCAGAGGCCUGGGUCGUUCUUUUGCGUGUGCCACAGUGAUCAAGACGCUGUACUAGUGGUAGGUGUUGACCAAACUCAAAACGGGCAUGCUGAGGAAGGUUCGGACCAAGUCCAUCAAGUUGUACCCUCUGUGCGAUCUUCAAAUACGGACAAGGACAUCAAAGAGUCAGCACCUGCACUUGCACCACCUGCAGCACCAACAUCUUCGACCACCACUUCUAACAAUAUUGAGAUCCCCAAAGCACCUCCACCAGCAAGACAAAGAGAAGCUAAGGCUCCUCGCAAACGCAUUCCGUGUCCUCUGGAUCCACGUCAUAGUAUCUACGAGGAUCAAUUGAAAAAGCAUUUGACCAAAUGUUCGAAACUAAUCCAAGACUUGUUUGUCCAAGCACAGCCUUGUUACAAACCCAACGUGAAUAUCGUUCCGGAAAUUGCUGCAGCGUCUGUUUGGACAGAGCCGAUGGAGUAUAAGGUGGAGGACGUUAUGGGAUUGCUUUUGACGCAGGAAGAUGGUAGUCGGUAUGCGAGCUUUAUGGACGUAGUAGAGAAGGAAAUGGCUGAGGCGGAAGCGAGAUACGAAGCGGAGCUGAAAAGGAAGGAGGAAGCACUGGUGGAGGUAGAAGAAGAAAAGAAUAUCCAAAGAAGGUCUUCAAAUAGGAAUACAUCAAUUUCGUCUAGUACAGUAAAUGGACGAGAAGCAGAGGAGGAGGACAGAAAAGGAGAAGCGACAACUACAACCUCCACCAAACCCGGCAAUGACGAGCACGAGCUUCCACCGGAGCACCAUGGUUCGAAAGUUGAUAUAGACUUCUGGGCGCCUAUUGUUCGAGCGGUAUAUGCGGCUGCGUGUGAGGCUCUAGGAGUGUCGGAUAUUGAACGGAAUGCUUUGGCGGAAGGUUCGGUGAUGGAAGACCACUACCAUGAUCAUGAAAAGAAUGAUCGUCUUCACCAGCAGGAAAAACUAGUACAAACAGCGUCCAUCUUGGAUCGUGUCGCUCAGGUCGUCGCCCAGAUGGAGAACGCCGAUGGCAAGCAUAACAUUCAGAACCGCAAUCUAGUCGAACUUUUUCUACGUUCCAAUGUUGUAGCACUGGGACAACUUGAUGCACUUGCACGAACAACAGAAGGUGCUAGCACAGACGCACCUCCAUCCACUGCUUCAGAUUCAUCUUCAUCCGAGAUGCUCUUGGAGUAUGGCAGUGGUAAAGCGGCUUUAUCGAGAUGGCUGGCAUUGGCCUGCAAAGAAGCGAGUCCAAAUUCCACUUCGUCCGAUACUACUAGACCAGCAGGAAGGAAGCAAUUUUUCGUCAUCGAGCGAGAAGCGCGACGAAAUAAAGCGGAAAAUCGGGUUGACCUAGAAACAAGCCGUUUGCGGCUGGAUUUGGCAGACUUCGAUUUGGCGCUUUUGUUGAAUGAAGCAAGGAAAAAUAGUACUAGGACUAGUGCUGCUGAGCCUGAGGGGCAGGGGAUCGAGAGUCCUACUCCUACAGCAAACAUUCGCACCACUGACCAAGAACAAGAAAAAACGAACAGGGAUGUUGCUGCUAGAAGAAGCGGUAGCGCGACACCUUCUUCAGUGGCGUCCUCUACUCCUCAUCCCUCUCCUGACAUCGACAUGCCUUCUAGUUCUUCGUCUACAACAAAUAAUAGAAUUGGAAUUCCAGAAGUCAACGAAGAACUUCCAGACGCUCAGAAAAGCAAGUCCUCUUUCUUUACAUCUCUACCUGCAAAUCAGCGCCUUCUUCUGGAUCAAGUAUGGGCACAAAUGAAGAAACUAGAGACCCCUGGCAGCAUCGUCUGUCAUGCGAAGCACCUUUGCGGUGGAGCAACUGACUUAGCUCUUACAAGUCUCCGCGACCUCGACAAGCGGGCUGCAGCUUUGUAUCAGUCCAAAAACAAGGAUAGUGCUGUAGUUGACCUUGACUCUACUGCAAGAGCCGUAGAAGAAGCAGAGGACUUGCACUGCAUUCCUAUCAUUGAGAAUGAAAAUGAUGAGAAUCCUACUAGUGUUGGGGGUGAAAUCUUGCCAUUCCCUUCCCUGAGCAAGAAAGUUGGCAUAGCGACUUGUUGCCAUCACCGCUGUGACACUCGUACGUACGUCGGAGCACCGUUCCUACAUGAGAUGCUCAGUAAGGUGAUGCUUGAAGCGGCCGCCUCAAGCUCAAGGAAAAAAGCUAAAGCAGUUUUUGUAGAUGAUGUGAGCAGGAACUUCGAGGUGGACUCUGCCUCUGGUGAGCAGAAUGUUCCUGGUGAGCAGAAUGUUGACCAGGAGAGGCAACGAGGACUUCUACAGAAAAAAAUUUCACUGCGUGAUUUUUUUGACACUCUGGUGAGUAUGAGUGGGUGGGCUGUCAGUGCGUGUGCCAAAGGGCCUAAAGGCAUGCUAGGACGAUUAGCCAAACGCAUCUUGGACUUUGGCCGCAUCUGGUACUGUCAAGAAGUGUUGCAUUUGCCUCAUACACGGUUACAAAAUUACGUGGCCCCUACUGUGUCUCCAGAAAACGCUUGCCUCCUUGCAAGCACAGAAAAACUGACGAACACGGGAAUAUGAAAGUGAAUGUGCUUUGCACCACGAAUUCGACUUCCCUGAUGAACUUCUAUCGCAAGAUAGAAGGAAUUUCUUUGCCCUGAUUACUUAUAUAGCAAACUACUGCAGCUAUCUCAAAAGAACAGGACUUGCGGAAUCGUAUGCUUGUUCUUGGAAACCCUAUUGUGUUUGUUCUAUGAAGGAGCUUCUAACUUGUAUGUUCUUGUCCAGCACGUGCACUUUUCCGCAAAUGAAG